UAUCACAACACGUCUCGCGAAAGUAACGAGAAAUCCAAAAACGCAGAUGACAAAUCAGAUGGGAGUGGUUCAAAUGGUUCCAACUCGGCGUACAAAAUGGAUCUACAAGCUGGGGCACUGUCUUUGCUCAACAGACCAUCAAUGACAUUUAUGCUGGAGAAGCACGAUCUGAAAAAGUUGCGAUACUCGAUGACCAGAAACCUUAGAAAAACUGUUUGCAAUAUUUAUAGCCUUCAGGCGUUGAAUUGGUUGCUCAGAUCGGUCACGCAGCCCAUCGGACUGCACGACAUAAUGUGGUGGUUCAUAUCCUCCUUGUCGUACUCCACCCAUGACAGCGAGGAUGAACCAAAACUGGACGAAGGUGUGCUUGGCCUGGAGCACCCCGGUUCCAACCAAUUCAACGGUCCUCUUUCUCAAACCCUAUCUCAAAGUCUGCAUUGCCUACUACAAACAAUAGCCGAUCUCACACUGCUCCUACCGUCGGGGUCGUCUCUCCAGAAAACUGCCGUCCAAUGUUUCGGUCUGAAGUUCAAACAGUCCGACCAUCAGUUCCUACAUCGAUCGCAUGUGUUUGGUAAUAUUUCCAAAAUACUUUCCAAAUCGGAAGAGCAAAACGACGAUAAUCUGGCUCCAUCCAUUGCAUUGAUGAACUCCUACUCCAAUGCAGCAGAGGUCUACCAGGAGGAGCUUAUUAGGAUAAGUCUACUUAGUGAUAUUACGGAAAUUUUUGACCUUGUGGUAUCGUCGAGACCGGCUUUGGCGAACUCUCUCAUAGACAAUUCGACGGAAACGUUCUGGGAAAGCGAUGAGGAAGACCGCAAUAAACCGAAGAUAAUAGAGCUUACCAUGAACAGGACCAACUACCAGUGUAGAGCUAUUUGCGUACACAUUGACAACAGUCGUGAUAUUGGGAGUAAAGUAUCCAGCAUCUUACUGUACGGUGGAAGUUCGUUCGGCGAAACAUCUCUACUCAAAACAAUCGAUGUCGACCCGUUAGCUUGUAGUUGGAUAACGGCUCCGCUAUCCGAAGACGAAUGCACCCAUUAUCGGCUGGAAUUUCGUGGUCCAGAAGCUACACUUCGCGUUAGACAGCUUAAGCUACUGGGCAACACGACUGAGGAUAAGGCCGCCCAACUUAAGCAGAAUUUCAAAUCAACCAGUGCAAACUACAUUCAACAGAAACACUGCGAGGCGGAAACAUUGAGGGUCUUUCGACUGCUUACUGGACAGGUGUUUGGAAAACUAAUUCUUGAAAGUGGCAAAGGCUUCGGUUACAAUACUCCUACCUCAUCGAAAAUCAACGAAUCAACGGUGAUCUCUUCGUCGACAGAGUCACUUGAUCUGCGGGAGCACAUGGUCGGUAUUCUGUUCAGCCGUAGCAAGUUGAGUCACUUACAGAAACAAAUCAUUGUGCACAUUGUGCAUGCGAUACAAAAGGAAGCGCUGCGCUCGAGAGAAGAGUGGGAGCACAAUGUAAUGUUUAGUGCCGAUAACGAGACGGACUUUGAGGAGAACCUCAAGCUGAAUGAUACUUACUGUUUCGAAAUGUUGAGCAUGGUAUUGGCUCUUUCAGGGAGUGCCGUUGGGCGUUCGUAUUUGUCCCAUCAGCACGGUCUGCUGAAAGACUUGUUCUCGCUUCUGCACACCGGAAGCGAUCGGGUGCAGCGCCAGGUAACGGCAUUGAUUCGUCGCAUUCUGCCUGAAAUAUCCCCGGAGACAUUGUGUGAAUUGCUUGGGGUGGAAAAAAUUCCCGAAACGGAUUUUAAUCUGCUUAGCCAGAACAACGAGACUUUCAACAUGAACAAAUGUGGAAUUCUCGACAUCUUCUUAGCUGUCAUUGCCAAGGCUCUUCAGGUGCAGAUAAAAGUGAAAAACAAUUCCAACAAGAACCCUCCUACCAUGAAACUGUGGCGAUAUAUGAACAUUUGCAAGAUCGAUGAGUACGAAAAAUCAACGCUGAACAAGUUUUCGAUGACCAACUCCCAAAUGAGCAAUAUGGACCCGGAACGACCCAUGGGAACGACCACGACCAGGACAGCCAGCAGUCCCGUAGCGGAGCAGUACGACUUCGAGGUUUCGUCAUCGGACUUUCUCGACGAUAAAACAAACGAUGACAAUUCUGUCGAUUAUGAUGUAGCCAUGAAGUCCAAACCAGGAAUACGGGUGGAAACGACUGUCAAACCACGCUGGUUUCUGAAUGGUACGAUAUCGUCCAAACAAGCGGAAAACAUUAUGGUGCUGAUACGCGAUAUGGCGCAUGGUAAACUGUCGGAGAAGUGGUCGAUGAUUACGAAAGCUGCCAUCGCAGAAUGUAUUCUGAAUAUUACGCGGCUGUCGGAUGUGUACCGCGUUCCGGAGACUUGCAUGACCACUCCCACGCUCUGGCUUUCGUUGGCUAGUUUAUGCGUUCUGGAUCGUGAUCACGUGGAAAAGUUGUCUUCUAGCCAGUGGUCGAAGCAGUCAGAAUCUCGUCCACUUUGUUCCAAUCAUGACGACGAUGUCACUUAUGCUAUGAUAAUAUGUAGCCUGUGCGGUUCGCUGUGUUCGGAUUGCGAUCGUUUUCUACAUCUGAAUCGAAAGACGCGUAACCAUUAUCGAACGGUUUGCAAAGAGGAAGAGGAAGCCAUCCGCGUGGAACUGCACGAAAGUUGCGGACGAGCAAAACUGUUCUGGCUGCUUGCCCUCGUUGAUUCAAAAACGUUAAAAGGGAUGCUCGAGUUUCGCAAUGGGAGCAAUACUCUCGUAUGCGAUCCUCCUAAUGCGAUCGGAGUGUGUCGAUUCUGUGGCGUUACAGGCAGUACUGGUUUACUUGCCGUUGGAAACGUAUGCGUCGAUCAGCAGUGUCAAGAGUAUGCCGCCAGUGCAUGUGCCAAGGUGCAUAACUGCGGUCACCUGUGUGGUGGCAUUAUCAACGAGGAAAAGUGUCUGCCUUGCUUGCAGCAAAAGUGUUUGACGUCAGAGAGCAAAGUCAGCGGAAAGGAACCCAAGCUGACGCAGGACGCGGACGAUAUGUGCAUGAUUUGCUUUACCGAGGCCCUCUCUUCGGCACCAUCGUUACAGCUGGACUGUGGGCAUGUUUUUCACUUUCACUGUUGCAAGGCCGUGCUCACGAGACGCUGGAAUGGUCCCAGAAUCAGUUUUGGCUUCUCGCAGUGUCCCAUCUGCAAAAUGGAUAUUCAGCACUUGGCGCUGGGAGAUAUUUUAGAAUCGAUCAUUUCAUUGAAAGCGGACGUCAAACGAAAGGCUCUCAUGCGAUUAGAAUAUGAGGGAUUGACGAAAAACUUGGAUAGUAAGGAUUUGGCGUCGUACGCCAUGGAACGUUAUGCGUACUAUGUGUGCAGUCAGUGUGAGAAGGCAUAUUAUGGAGGCGAAGCACGUUGCGAUGCGGAACUAGGAGAAAACUACAACCCCCAGGAACUAGUUUGCGGGGGUUGUAGUGAUGUAGUGAAAGCUAAGAUGUGCCCAAAGCAUGGAACCGAUUUCCUCGAGUACAAAUGCCGAUACUGCUGCUCGGUGGCGGUAUUCUUCUGCUUUGGAACGACGCACUUUUGCGACACGUGUCACGACGACUUCCAACGGCUCACCAACAUACCGAAGAACAAGUUACCAAAAUGCCCGGCCGGGCCAAAGGCAAAACAACUAAUCGGGGAAGAGUGCCCCCUGCACGUAAUUCACCCGCCGACAGGGGAGGAGUUCGCACUUGGCUGUGGCAUCUGCCGUAAUGCUCAUACGUUCUGAGAGCUGUUUGCAACUCGAAAAUAGUGCUGACAUGAACAUUAGAUAAUAUAUUGAUACAUGAAUUUUAAACUGAUAAAUGUUUUUGUUGAUGGUUGUAGUUUCUUAAAACUAUUAUAAAUUAUUUCAAAUUAUUGUUGUAGUUCAUUCUAGAACUGAAAAGUAGUCGAACACCCUAUUUAAGCUAAUUUAGGCUAGAUACUUAAUUACUGAAGGCUUUCUUUCGUUACAACCACUUAACGGCAGGUAUUAGAUCUCAUGAUCACUUAUCACAUUUAAUCUCAAUAUAUAUUCUAUUAUGUACACUUUAUGAGAAACGAAAGAAACCUAACUACAGUCACAACAAUCUACCACUUCAAUUCAUUGGUCUCUAAAACGUGAAUAAAUUCCCGAAAGUUUGCAAACACA